AAAAACUUUACUUAAUCUCAAUAAAAAUUCUCUUAGUUCUUGAGUUUACUGCGUUUGAAGAUCCUUCUCAAAUCGAGAUCUUCCACAGCUAAACUUCGGUUCCACGUUUUCUGAACUUUGAAUCGAUCAUAAAGCUAACAUCCGACUAGCUUUAUCAGAUUCUGAAGGAAAACUCAAAUCUAGGGUUUUUUAUCGCCCCUUCUCGGCAGCGGUCAAUGGCGAGUGUGUACAUACCCGUUCAGAACUCAGAAGAAGAAGUUAGGGUUGUUCUUGAUCAGUUCCCUCGCGACUCCUCCGAUAUCCUUGAUAUCCUCAAAGCCUAACAAGCUCCUCUUGAUCUCUUGCUCAUCAUCGCGAGAGAGUACUUCAAGCAAGGAAUUGAUCAGUUUCGUAAAAUAUUGGAGGAAGGGUCAAGUUUCUAUUGGUAAAUUCGAGACAAAACACAAAUAAAAAGAAGAUUAUUUUAUCUUGGCUACAAAAUACUACAACAAAGCGUCCAGGAUCAAUAUGCAUGAACCCAUCACUUGGGUUGGGAAAGGAAAUUAAUCACUAUCAGAUUCUUAUUCUUUUUGUGAUGGUCGCUGUAUACGUUUUAUGGUCCACUCAUGUUUUUUAGAAGGUCAGCUGUUACUGGCUAAGGGUGAAAUAGAUCAUUUCAGGUAUUUACGAUCGGGUUUGACAAUGCUUCUGAUAAUAUUCCUGCUCUUCUGGGUCAGGUAUAAUCAAUAAUUGCUCACAAAAGGAUCUCCUUGUGACUAUAUAUGAAAGUGUACAUUGUGAGAGGAGGAAGGUACUUGUUCAAGCAUCUUCCUGAUGCUUUCAAAGGGAUCAAGCAGAUUGGUGUCACUGGCUGGGGAUCUCAGGGACCUGCCCAAGCUCAAAAUUUAAGGGAUUCGCUAGUGAAAGCAAAGUCUGACAUUGUUGUUAAUAUUGGGCUUAGAAAGGGCUCUAAAUCUUUUGAGGAGGCACGUGCUGUGGUCUUCACCGAAGAAAGUGGUACUUUGGGUGAUAUAUGGGAAACUAUCUCUGGCUGCGAUCUUGUGUUGCUUUUGAUCUUAUAUGCUGCUCAGGCUGAUAACUAUGAGAAAAUAUUCUAUCCAUGUAUGGAGAAAGAUAUCUGUAGAGAAACCAGAUUCAUUCGUUACUGAUGCGUUGUGUACAACUCCUUGUCUGAAGAAGGCAAAAAGGAUAUCGAGAGUGCAUCCUACUAUCCAUGUAUGGAGAAAGGUCGACUGGUGCAAUACGAGAAAAGGGAUUUAAUUUUGAUUAUCCAAGGUUAAUGAAACUAUUGUACCAAUGUUAAAACCAGUUUAAGCUUUACGAAAGAGAGUGAUCAGUCCAUCUCCUUUUGACAUGCUUUCUCUCUUUGUAUUCCCAAGUUCAAUAACAAAAAGAUUGUAGUAACCGAUAUCAAAAAUAAGCAAAAUAUAACUAAGAAUUCCC